AGUUUGCGCGCGGAGUUUACGCAGGACAUGUACUGGGACACGGCCCUCAAACCCGGAGACAGCAAGAGAAAGAUGGAGAUUUGUCAAAGUGGAUUCUACAGCGAAGAAUACAGGACUCAAGAAGUCCCUGUCGGACUGGACUUCACGGCCUACGACUUUGGUGGUGAAGAACUGUCUUUUCUGUUAGACCCCAGUAAGUCCGGACCAGAGUCCAGUUUCACCGAGAUCCAGGCCAAACCAAACCAGGUCUACAGCGGCAAAGUGAAUUUGUCCGACGGACAACUCUACAACCUGGACGCGUGUCAGGACUUCAGCUGGUGGAGCUCGUAUCCAAACGACGGUGUGAGUGUGGAGCAGUCCUUCCAGGAUCCAGGGUCGGGGCUGUCGUACCAGAGCCUCGUCCCCCAGAACAGUCACUUCAGCCCGGCCGCGGAGUGCAGCCACAGCCCCUACAGCUCCAGCCCGUCCAUCAGCUCCGGACCAGCCGUCGGCGAGUCCUACACGUGCCCGGACUACUGGCCCGAUUACUCCGCCCCCUCCUCCUUCGCCUCCCCUCCCCCCUCUCACCCCCCCUCCAGUCCCGGGACGGCCCACUCGUACUGCCCCCGCGUGGCCAAGCGCAAAAACGCAUCCACGUCGGCGCACAGAGCGGAGAGAGAGACGCCUGUCGCUGCCAUGUCGGCCUAUCCAGGCUCUGGUCCGAUCCAGCUGUGGCAGUUCCUCCUGGAGCUUCUCCUCGACGCCUCGUGUCAAAGCUUCAUCUCGUGGACUGGAGACGGCUGGGAGUUCAAGAUGUCCGACCCCUCGGAGGUGGCCAAGCGCUGGGGUCAGUGUAAGAACAAGCCGAAGAUGAACUACGAGAAGCUCAGUCGUGGUUUGCGUUACUACUACCACAAAAACAUCAUCCACAAGACGGCCGGGAAACGCUACGUCUACCGCUUCGUGUGCGACGUGCAAGGCAUGCUGGGUAAAACCGCACAGGAAGUGGUCAGCGGCGUCAACGGCCCGUCCACCGCCGUGACAUCAUCAACGUCAGACAGCCACUGGGGCUCGUAGUGAUGACGCAAAGGGACUGAGGAUCACAACCGGACCAGAACGGGAUCACAACCGGACCAGAGCGGGAUCACAACCGGACCAGAGCGGGAUCACAACCAGACCAGAGCGGGAUCACAACCGGACCAGAGCGGGAUCACAACCAGACUAAAGCAGGAUCACAACCAGACUAAAGCAGGAUCACAACCAGACUAGAAUGGGAUCACAACCGGACCACAAUAGGAUCACAACCGGACUAUAGCAUGAUCACAACCGGACUAGAACAGGACUUUAACAGGACUAACAACAGAACCAAACCAGGGAACUAAACUAAGAUUUGAAACUGGACUAAACCAGGACUAAACUAGGUCUAAGUCGGAACCAAACCAGGACUACAAUAAGCGUAAAUAAAACCAGGUCAAACCAGAAAUGAACUUGGACUAAACCAGGACUAAGUCACCUGGACCAGGACUAUCAAAACCAGGACUAUCCCAGGUCUAAAUUAUGACAUAAAUGGACUUCAAGGGAAUUAAGCUAAGACUUAAACUGGACUAAACCAGGACUAAUUUUGAACUCAACCAGAACUAUAACCUGGAUGAAUAAAACCAGGACUAAACCAGGUCAAAACCAGGUUUACGUGGACUAAACCAGGACUACAACAGAGAUAAAUAAAACCAGCACUAAACCAGGUUUAACUUGGACUAAACCAGGACUAAUUUAUGACAUAAAUGGGCUUCACCAGACCUAUAAGCUACCAGAACUAAACUCAGACUUAAACUGGACUAAUUGUGAACUAAACCAGGACUACAACAGGGAUAAACUUAACUAGGACUUACUGGACAGAAAUUGAAAUACUUAACUAAGACUAAAAUGGGGCUCUGUCACUCGGACUAAACCAGGACUAAACACGGAUUUACCUUGAGUAUUUCAGAACUAAACCAGGACUAAACAGACUAAUCCUGGACUAAAACAGGACUAGUGGAAAGAGCACUAAACGAAAGCAGGACUUGAAUCUUGUAAUACUCCUGGGCUCCACCAGGGGGAGCGCACUACAGCUUGAGAACUACUCCCAAAGUCCAAGUUUCUCAGGGUCAAAGCACUAAAUGAAAAACGUCUGUCUGUCCCAAAACGCUUUGUAAAUGUGUAAAUAAUUUUGUAGAGUUUUGUGCAUUUAACUUUUUAUUUUAUUUUUUAUUUUUUUUUUUGAAAUACAAAACUCGG